AUAGCUGAAAUAGGAUUUGGGAUCAAACACUGUAACGAUCUCACAUUCACUUUUAAAAAAAAAAAAGAGGCUUCUUCCACGUUUACAGACUGACCUUAAGUAUCGGGAUUCAGCGAUGAUUUGCAAAUGAGGUCCGAACCGUACUGGGUGCAAUGAAAGCUCCAUGCAGGCCUUACCAUGGAAGGCUGUGACUCGCCUGUCAUCCCUGGGAAGGACAAUGGGUGUAGUAUCCCUCAGCACCAGCAAUGGACUGAACUCAACAGCACCCACCUUCCUGACAAACCCAGUAGUAUGGAGCAGUCCACCACAGAGAACCACGGGCCCCUAGACAGCCUGAGGGCCCCCUUCAAUGAGCGCAUCCCGGACAGCACCAACUCGGCCGGCCCCACCGCUGAGCCCGCUAGCAAAGAGGUCAGCUGCAACGAGUGCUCGACCUCCUUUGCCAGUUUACAGACCUAUAUGGAGCACCACUGCCCCAUCACCCGCCCCCCUCUUCCCCUGAGGGAGGAAAGUGGGAGUGACACCAGUGAGGAGGGGGAUGAGGAGAGUGAUGUGGAGAAUUUAGCUGGAGAAAUAGUCUACCAGCCCGAUGGCUCGGCGUACAUUGUUGAAAGCGUCAGCCAGUUGAUCCAAAGUGGGGGAGCCUGUAGCAGCGGCAGUGGGGCUCUCCCAUCGCUCUUUCUGAACUCUCUCCCCAGUGCUGGGGGCAAACAGGGGGAUCCCUCUUCUGCUGCGCCAGUCUACCCACAGAUCAUCAAUACUUUCCACAUAGCCUCAUCCUUCGGGAAAUGGUUUGAGGGCUCAGACCAGUCCUUCCCGAAUACCUCAGCCCUGACGGGCAUUAGCCCGGUCCUGCACAGUUUCCGUGUUUUUGAUGUGCGACACAAAAGCAACAAGGAUUACCUGAACAGCGACGGUUCUGCUAAAAGCUCCUGUGUAUCCAAAGAUGUCCCCAACAAUGUGGACCUGUCCAAGUUCGAUGGCUUUGUGCUCUAUGGGAAGAGGAAGCCCAUUCUCAUGUGUUUCUUGUGUAAGCUCUCCUUUGGGUACGUCCGCUCCUUUGUGACCCAUGCAGUGCAUGACCAUCGAAUGACCCUGAGUGAAGAAGAGCGGAAAAUUCUUAGCAAUAAGAACAUUUCCGCCAUCAUCCAAGGAAUAGGCAAAGACAAGGAACCCCUUGUAAGUUUUCUGGAACCAAAAAACAAAAACUUUCAACAUCCUUUAGUUUCUGCAGCUAACCUCAUAGGCCCCGGACACAGCUUUUAUGGUAAAUUUAGCGGCAUUCGAAUGGAAGGAGAGGAGGCGCUCCAGGGCGCUGCCACGGGUGCCGCCGCCGAGCAGCCCCAGUCGGGCCUCUUGACGCCCGGGACCCUCUUGAACCUUGGCGGGCUGACCAGCUCGGCUCUGAAGACCCCAAUUACCUCAGUCCCCCUGGGCCCCCUGGCUUCCAGUCCUACCAAAUCCUCAGAGGGCAAGGACCCUGGGGGAGCAGAGGGUGAGAAGCAAGAAGUGGGGGACCAGGAUAGCCUCUCGGAGAAGGCAGAGCCCGCUGAGGAUGUGGAGGAGGAGGAGGAGGAGGAGGAGGAGGAAGAUGCAGAAGAGGAAGAGGAAGAGGAGGAAGAGGAGGAGGAGGAGGAGGAGGAGGAAGAUGAGGGUUGCAAAGGACUCUUUCCAAGUGAGUUGGAGGAUGAAUUGGAGGACCGGCCCCACGAGGAGUCUGGGGCCAUGGCGGGUGGCAGCAACAAAAAUGACCUUGCUCUCUCAAACCAAAGCAUUUCUAACUCUCCCUUAAUGCCUAACAUGCUCCACACUUUGUCGAGGAGCGCAGCUUCUACUAGUUCUAAUUCCACUUCUUCCUUUGUUGUCUUUGAUGGUGCAAACAGGAGGAAUCGUUUAAGCUUUAACAGUGAGGGUGUCAGGGCCAAUGUGGCAGAGGGCAGCAAGAGGCUGGAUCUGAUGGAUGAAAGUGCCAAUAAAGACAAUGCCACAGUACCGGAACCAAAUGAAAGCGCAGAGGGGGAGGAUGGGAGCUACCUGGCCCAUCACCAGCACGCUGGCGCCCUCUGCGAGCUUGGGGUGGGGGAGUGCCCGUCGGGGAGCGGCGUCGAGUGCCCCAAGUGCGACACGGUCCUGGGCUCUUCGCGCUCGCUGGGGGGGCACAUGACCAUGAUGCAUUCUCGGAAUUCGUGUAAGACGCUCAAGUGUCCCAAGUGCAAUUGGCACUACAAGUACCAGCAGACGCUCGAGGCGCACAUGAAGGAGAAGCACCCGGAGCCCGGCGGCUCGUGCGUCUACUGCAAGAGCGGGCAGCCUCACCCGCGGCUGGCGCGAGGCGAGAGCUACACGUGCGGUUACAAGCCUUUCCGCUGCGAGGUCUGUAACUACUCGACGACUACCAAAGGCAACCUCAGUAUUCAUAUGCAGUCCGACAAGCAUCUGAACAACAUGCAGAACCUGCAGAACGGAGGCGGGGAGCAAGUGUUCAGCCACAGCGCCGGGGCGGCAGCGGCGGCGGCUGCGGCCGCGGCGGCCGCUGCCAACCUGGGCAGCAGCUGCGGGGCCCCCUCCCCCACCAAACCAAAAACCAAGCCCACGUGGCGCUGCGAGGUGUGCGACUACGAGACCAACGUGGCCAGGAACCUCCGCAUCCACAUGACCAGCGAGAAGCACAUGCACAACAUGAUGCUUCUGCAGCAGAACAUGACCCAGAUCCAACACAACCGGCACCUGGGCCUCGGCGCCCUGCCGUCCCCGGCCGAGGCAGAGCUCUACCAGUACUACCUGGCCCAGAACAUGACUCUGCCCAACCUGAAGAUGGACAGUCCGGCCUCCGAUGCCCAGUUCAUGAUGAGCGGCUUUCAGCUGGAUCCCACCAGCCCCAUGACGGCCAUGACGACUCCAGCUCUAGUGGGCGGUGAAAUACCCCUAGACAUGCGGCUGGGGGGCGGGCAGCUGGUUUCUGAGGAGCUGAUGAACCUGGGCGAGAGCUUCACGCAGACCAAUGACCCGUCCCUGAAGCUUUUCCAGUGUGCGGUGUGUAACAAAUUCACCACGGACAGUCUGGACCUGCUGGGACUGCACAUGAACAUGGAGCGUGGGCUCCCCGAGGAGGAGUGGAAGGCAGUGAUGGGGGACUCCUAUCAGUGCAAGCUCUGUCGGUAUAAUACCCAGCUCAAGGCUAAUUUUCAACUCCACUGCAAAACGGACAAGCACGUUCAGAAGUACCAGCUGGUGGCGCACAUCAAGGAAGGUGGGAAGGCCAAUGAGUGGAGAUUGAAGUGUGUGGCCAUUGGGAACCCUGUACAUUUGAAGUGCAAUGCUUGUGACUACUAUACGAACAGCCUGGAGAAACUGCGGCUCCACACGGUCAAUUCAAGGCAUGAAGCGAGCCUGAAGCUGUACAAGCACCUUCAGCAGCAUGAGACCGGGGUAGAGGGAGAAAGCUGCUACUAUCACUGUGUCCUUUGUAACUAUUCCACCAAAGCCAAGCUUAACCUCAUACAGCAUGUGCGCUCCAUGAAACACCAACGGAGUGAGAGCUUGCGCAAGCUGCAGAGACUCCAGAAGGGUCUUCCGGAGGAAGAAGAAGACUUGGGGCAGAUUUUCACCAUCCGCAAGUGCCCAGCCACUGAUCCAGAAGAAUCAAUUGAAGAUGCCGAAGGACCCAGUGAAUCAACCGCUGACCCAGAGGAGCUCACUAGAGAUCCAGAAAGUGGAGGCGAUAAAGACCAGGGCAAGUGGCCAGCAUCGUCCAGCCAAGCAGACAAGGAGCUCCCAGACUGUCCUGCAACCUCGAAGCGUACAUCCUUCCCAAGUAGCUCAGAACCCCCCCUCUCUUCCAAGCGACCAAAAACAUCGGAGGAAGCCAAAUCGGAGCAGAUGUUCCAAUGCCCAUACUGUAAGUACAGUAAUGCUGAUGUGAACCGGCUUCGGGUGCACGCCAUGACUCAGCACUCGGUGCAGCCCAUGCUACGCUGCCCACUCUGCCAAGACAUGCUGAAUAACAAGAUCCACCUGCAGCUACACCUCACCCACCUCCACAGUGUGGCCCCAGACUGUGUCGAAAAGCUCAUCAUGACGCCCCCACCACCCCCUCCUCCGCUCCCAGCGGCCCCUCCUCAGCCGGCUUCGACCCCUACCCUUCCCACGCCAGCCCCCCCCAUCACUUCUCCCACAAUCGCACCAGCCCAGCCUUCUGUGCCGCUCACUCAACUCUCUAUGCCAAUGGAGCUGCCCAUCUUCUCGCCGCUCAUGAUGCAAACCAUGCCCCUGCAGACGUUGCCAGCCCAGCUGCCCCCUCAGCUCGGUCCUGUCGACCCACUGCCCGCCGAUCUGGCCCAGCUCUACCAACAUCAGCUCAAUCCCAGCCUGCUCCAGCAACAAAACAAGAGGCCCCGUACCAGAAUCACAGACGACCAGCUCCGAGUCCUCCGGCAGUAUUUUGAUAUCAACAACUCCCCCAGCGAAGAGCAGAUCAAAGAGAUGGCAGACAAGUCUGGAUUGCCCCAGAAAGUGAUCAAGCACUGGUUUAGAAAUACUCUGUUCAAGGAGCGACAGCGGAACAAAGACUCGCCCUACAACUUCAGCAAUCCGCCCAUCACGAGCCUGGAAGAACUCAAGAUCGACUCCCGGCCGCCUUCUCCUGAACCUCAGAAGCACGAGUACUGGGGAAGCAAGAGGUCCUCAAGGACGAGAUUCACCGACUACCAGCUGAGGGUCCUGCAGGACUUCUUCGAUGCCAAUGCUUACCCCAAGGACGAUGAAUUUGAACAGCUUUCCAAUCUACUGAACCUCCCCACCCGCGUCAUCGUCGUCUGGUUUCAGAACGCCCGACAGAAGGCCAGGAAAAACUACGAAAACCAGGGAGAGGGCAAAGACGGAGAAAGGCGUGAGCUGACCAAUGACAGGUAUAUCCGAACGAGCAAUUUAAACUACCAGUGCAAAAAAUGUAACUUAGUCUUUCAACGUAUUUUUGAUCUCAUUAAGCAUCAGAAAAAGCUGUGUUACAAAGACGAGGAUGAGGACGGGCAGGACGAUAGCCAGAACGAAGACUCCAUGGAUGCCUUGGAGCUGUUGACUCCAACUAGCUCGUCCUGCAGCACGCCGAUGCCCACCCAGGCUUACAGCGCCCCAGCCUCCUCCGCCAACGCCACAUCUUCAACCUUUUUGCAGCUCACCGCGGAGGCGGAUGAAUCCUCCACCUUCGGCUCGAAAAUGGAAGCUACAGAUGAGAAACCAAAGCAGCCUGAACCUCCAAGUUCACAACCAAACCAAACCCCAGAGAAGCAAGUUCAACCAAAGCACGAGUCGCAGCAGCAGCAGCAGCAGCCGCCGCCGCCACCACAACAAGACCAAUUGGAGCAGAAGACAAAUACGGCCCCACAGAAGAACCCUCAGCUGUCCUCUCCUCCCCCGUUACAGCAGCCGCCCCAGCAGGUUCCUCCCCCGCAGUGUUCCCUUCCCCAGUCGAGUCCCAGCCCAUCCUCCCAGCUCUCUCAUCUGUCUCUCAAGCCCCUCCACACAUCCACUCCCCAACAGCUGGCAAACCUACCUCCUCAGCUCAUCCCCUACCAGUGUGACCAGUGCAAGCUGGCAUUCCCCUCCUUUGAACAUUGGCAAGAGCAUCAGCAGCUUCACUUUUUAAGUGCGCAGAACCAGUUCAUCCACCCACAGUUUUUGGACCGGACUCUGGAUAUGCCUUUCAUGCUGUUUGACCCCAGUAACCCACUUCUGGCUAGUCAGCUGCUCUCGGGAGCCCUGCCCCAGGUCCCCGCGAGCUCCGCCACGUCUCCUUCGACUCCAACCUCCACCAUGAAUACUCUGAAGAGGAAGCUGGAGGAGAAGGCCAGCGCCAGCCCUGGGGAAAACGACAGUGGGACGGGAGGAGAAGAGCCUCAAAGAGAUAAGCGCUUAAGGACGACCAUUACCCCAGAGCAGCUGGAGAUCCUCUACCAAAAGUACCUGCUGGAUUCCAACCCGACCCGGAAGAUGUUAGAUCACAUUGCCCACGAGGUGGGCUUGAAAAAGCGCGUGGUGCAAGUUUGGUUUCAGAACACCCGAGCUCGGGAAAGGAAAGGGCAGUUUCGGGCAGUAGGUCCGGCUCAGGCCCACAGGCGGUGCCCUUUCUGUCGGGCGCUCUUCAAAGCCAAGACUGCGCUAGAGGCGCACAUCCGGUCCCGGCACUGGCACGAAGCCAAAAGAGCCGGCUACAACUUGACUCUGUCAGCAAUGCUGUUGGAUUGUGAUGGCGGGAUCCAGAUGAAAGGAGACAUUUUUGAUGGAAGCGGCUUUUCCCACCUGCCACCGAGCAGCAGCGACGGCCAGGGGGUCCCCCUCUCACCGGUGAGUAAAACCAUGGAGCUGUCCCCCAGAACUCUGCUUAGCCCUUCCUCCAUCAAAGUGGAAGGAAUAGAAGACUUUGAAAGUCCCUCCAUGUCCUCGGUUAAUCUAAACUUUGACCAAACCAAGCUGGACAAUGAUGACUGCUCCUCGGUCAACACGGCCAUCACAGAUACCACCACAGGAGACGAAGGCAAUGCAGAUAAUGAUAGUGCAACGGGAAUAGCAACUGAAACCAAAUCCUCCUCAGCGCCCAAUGAGGGGCUGACCAAAGCUGCCAUGAUGGCAAUGUCCGAAUACGAAGAUCGGUUGUCCUCCGGUCUGGUCAGCCCGGCUCCUAGCUUUUACAGCAAGGAGUAUGACAAUGAAGGGACAGUGGACUACAGUGAGACAUCCAGCCUGGCCGAUCCCUGCUCCCCUAGUCCCGGUGCGAGUGGCUCAGCAGGAAAGUCGGGAGAUAGUGGAGAUCGGCCAGGGCAGAAACGUUUUCGGACUCAAAUGACUAACCUUCAGUUGAAAGUCCUCAAGUCAUGCUUUAAUGACUACAGGACGCCCACCAUGCUGGAGUGUGAGGUCCUGGGCAAUGACAUUGGACUGCCAAAGAGAGUUGUUCAGGUCUGGUUCCAGAAUGCCAGAGCAAAAGAAAAGAAGUCAAAGCUAAGCAUGGCCAAGCAUUUUGGUAUCAACCAAACGAGUUAUGAGGGACCCAAAACAGAGUGCACUUUGUGUGGCAUCAAGUACAGCGCUCGGCUGUCUGUACGUGACCAUAUCUUUUCUCAACAGCAUAUCUCCAAAGUUAAAGACACCAUCGGAAGCCAGUUGGACAAGGAGAAGGAGUACUUUGACCCAGCUACUGUCCGUCAGUUGAUGGCUCAACAAGAGUUGGAUCGGAUCAAAAAGGCCAAUGAAGUUCUUGGACUGGCAGCUCAGCAACCAGGAAUGUUUGACAACCCUCCUCUUCAAGCUCUUAAUCUCCCCACAGCUUAUCCGGCAUUACAGGGCAUUCCCCCAGUGUUGCUCCCUGGCCUCAACAGCCCAUCUUUGCCAAGCUUCACUCCAUCCAACACAGCUUUAACUUCUCCCAAACCGAACCUGAUGGGUCUGCCUGGCACGACGGUCCCUUCACCUGGCCUUCCGACCUCUGGAUUACCAAAUAAACAGUCGUCGGCCUCGCUGAGCUCCCCGACCCCAGCACAAGCCACUAUGGCGAUGACCCCGCAACAGCCCCCCCAGCCCCAACAGCAGCAGCAGCAGCAGCAGCAGCAGCCUCCGCCACCAACACCGCAGCAGCAACAGCAGCAGCCGCAGCAGCAGCCGCCGCCACCUACGCAGCCUCUGCAGCAGCAGCAGCAGCAACAGCAGCAGCAGCAGCGGAAGGACAAGGAAGUAGAGAAAAUGAAAGAGAAAGAAAAGGCACAUAAAGGGAAAGGGGAGACCCUGGCGGGCCCCAAGAAGGACAAAGGAGAGGCCCCGGCAGCCACCCUCUCUGCCCCGUUACCCACCAUGGAGUACGCGGUGGACCCGACCCAGCUGCAGGCCCUGCAGGCAGCCUUGACCUCGGACCCCACCGCUUUGCUCACCAGCCAGUUCCUUCCUUACUUCGUCCCCGGCUUCUCUCCUUACUAUGCCCCCCAGAUCCCGGGCGCCCUGCAGAGCGGCUACCUGCAGCCCAUGUACGGCAUGGAGGGCCUGUUCCCCUACAGCCCUGCGCUGUCGCAGGCCUUGAUGGGGCUGUCCCCUGGCUCCCUGCUGCAGCAGUAUCAGCAAUACCAGCAGAGUCUGCAGGAGGCGCUGCAGCAGCAGCAGCAGCAAAGGCAGCUACAGCAGCAGCAGCAGCAACAGCAACAACAACAGCAACAGCAGCAGCAGCAGAAAGUACAGCAGCAGCAGCAGCAGCAGCAGCAGCCUCCGCCACCCCCCCAGCAGCAGCAGCAGCAGCCGCAGCCGCAGCCGCCCAAAGCAAGCCAAACCCCAGUCCCUCCGGGGGCUGCUUCCCCGGACAAAGACCCUGCCAAAGAAUCCCCCAAACAAGAAGAUCAGAAAAGUGCACCCCGCGAGGUGUCCCCCCUCCUGCCGAAACCCCUAGAAGAGCCAGAAGCAGAAAGCAAAAGUGUGGACUCCCUCUCCGACCCCUUCAUUGUUCCAAAGGUGCAGUACAAGCUGGUCUGCCGCAAGUGCGGGGCGGGCUUCGGCGACGAGGAGGCGGCCACAAGCCACCUGAAGUCCCUCUGCUUCUUGGGCCAGGCGGCGGCGAGCCUGCAGGAGAUGGUGCUCCACGUGCCCACGGGCGGCAGCGGGGGCGGCAGCGGAGUCGGGGGGUCCGGCGGCGGGGGCGGCGGGGGCCCCUACCACUGCCUGGCCUGCGAGAGCACCCUCUGCGGGGACGAGGCGCUGAGUCAACAUCUCGAGUCGACCUUGCACAAACACAGAACAAUCACGAGAGCAGCAAGAAACGCCAAAGAGCACCCUAGUUUAUUACCUCACUCUGCCUGCUUCCCCGGUCCUAGCACCGCAUCUACCUCGCAGUCUGCCGCUCACUCAAACGACAGCCCCCCGCCCCCCUCCUCCUCUUCCUCCUCCUCUUCCUCCUCUUCCUCCUCUUCUUCCUCCUCCUCCUCCUCUUCCUCCUCCUCCUCCUCCUCCGCUUCCCCCCACGCCUCCUCCAGAAAGUCUUGGCCUCCAGGGGUCCCUCGGGCUUCGGUUGGGAAGCCUGCUUCUUUUCCUCCUCUCUCCUCAUCUUCAACGGUUACCUCAAGUUCAUGCAGCACCUCAGGGGUUCAGCCCUCGAUGCCAACAGACGACUAUUCGGAGGAGUCUGACACGGAUCUUAGCCAAAAGUCCGAGGGGCCAGCCAGCCCGGCCGAGGGGCCCCCGGCCCCCAGCUGCCCCCCCCAGGACCCUGGUCUAGCUAGUGUAGGAAUGGACCCCUUCAGAUUGUAAGCUUUGAAGAUGAACAAUUUAAAACACACACAAACACACACACAAACACACACACAAAUGAAUUUAAAUAAAAAAAUUAAUAACAAACCAAUUUCAAAAAUAGACUAACUGCAAUUCCAAAGCUUCUAACCAAAAAAAAAAAAAGAAAAAAAAAGAAAAAAAAAAGAAAAAGCGUGGGUUGUUUUCCCAUAUAACUAUCUAUGCCGGUGAUUUUACAUUCUUACCUUUUUUUUUCUUUUACUAUAAAAUACCAACUGUUACAUUUUGUCCUUUUGAAGGUACUAUUGGUCUGGGAGACAGAAGUCCAUAGGGCCUCCUCAUUGUCUUUGGAGCUUACACCCCCUUGUAUAUUGCCCCUUUUCAAUAACGCCCCAAUUGAUAGCACAGCAGAGUCCGGCAUGCACUGUAUGGGAAAGCAGUCCACCUUGUUACAGUUUUAAAUUUCUUGCUAUCUUAGCAUUCAGAUACCAAUGGCUUGCUAAAAGAAAAAAGAAAUGUAAUGUCUUUUUAUUCUCAGGUCAAUCGCUCACACUUUGUUCUGUUUUCAGAAUCAUUGUUUUAUAUAUAUAUACAUAUAAAUAUAUAUUUUCUUUUUUUUGUUCCAGAAAAGAUUUUUUUGUUUGUUAAUUUAAAAAUGGGCAGAAAGUAUUCGAGAAAAAAAAAAAAACAAUGUGAACUGCUUUAGCUUUCUGGGGAUUUUAAGGAUAGCUUUUCUGCUGAAGCCAAUUUCAAGGGGAAAAGUUAAGCACUCCCACUUUUCAGAAAAAAAAAUAAACACACAAAGAGUGUUGAGGACUUGUAGCUAAAAAAAAAAUAAGUUUUAAAAAAACUGACUUUCUGUAUUUAUGAUAGAUAUGACCAUUUUUGGUGUUGAGUAGAUUGUUGCAUUGGAAAUGAACUGAAGCAGUAUGGUAGAUUUAAAAGAAAAAAAAAAACCUUUUGUGUACAUUUAGCUUUUGUAUGGUCCAGCUGACAGCUCCUCAUUUGAUGUUGUCUUGUUCAUUCCUAGCAGAUAGAUUGCAAUCCGUUGAUUCGCCGAAGCUUUUCUCCCCUUUGUCCCUUUAUUCCCCCAUCCCCCAUCCUGUAAUCUUCCACUUAAGGUGGCUGCCUUCAUUUCUUAGAGGGUGGCUGCAUAAUUAUUUUAUAAAAACUAAAGAAAGAAGUUCAAAGGGUUUUUGGGGUCACUAGGAUCCUCACAGAAUAUUUUUGGUUGGGGAGUUGAAACUUUUUAAGGCGUAUACAUCCUAGUUACCUAUGUCUGUUACCUUCGUGCACUUAUCUUUUAUUUUUCUUUCCUCUGUUUUUUUCUUCUUCCUUGCCUUCUUCCUUUAUUUGGUAGAUGCUUCAAAGAUUCUUUUCCUAAAACAAAAGCAUUUAUUUCUGUUUGUAUAAUUGGGCUGCGCACUUUUUUUUUCCAAACAAAUUUUUGGUUAGGGGUUUGUUUUGGUUUUGGUUUGUUUUGGGUUUUUUUUUUUUCCUCUCAGAAAAAAAAAAAAAAGAAAUUUCAUGCUUUAAAUAAAAUCCAAAGACACACCCUUUCACUGCUGGUGCAGGAAGAGGGGGAAAGGGUUCUUGUUACUUGAGAAUUUGUUUCUGAAUUAAACAAAACAAGACUAAGUUUAAAUAAAGGGAAAAAAAAAAAGAGAGAAAAAGAUUUCCCAGGUUGUUAUCUGUGCUUCUUCUGCAAGCAGAGAGGCAGCUGUUAAUGACGAUUCCACAUACCAAAAGACACGUUUUUACUUCAGAGUUUUGUCCUUGUGUUAGGCAGUCUGAGCGGUGAAUGAUCCAGAGGGGCAGCCAACCAAGAAUCAGAUAGCAGUGUACAGAAAAACCGAACCCAACAGACAAACAAAAAGGAACCGGACAUAAGGCACUUGUGUUUGUUCAUCUCUGUAUUCCUGUAACACACAACACAACACAAUGCAACACACCCUUUCUCAUCUUUAAAGGUCUGGACUUUGAAAGGAAAACUUUGUGCUGCUAAAAAAAAAAAAUGUAGAUUUCGGAGACAAAUAAAUGCUUUGCUGUUUCACUUUCGUAGCCAAAAGUCAACAGAAACAAUCUCCCCCUCCCCACCCCUUUGUCCCGAAAGUGUGAAAUCCUUUUCCUCCCCCACCCCCAUCCCCACCUCCCUUUUCUUUCUCCUCCUUAUGUUUCAAAAGGGAACUUUGAAGACUGUGAACCAGGUUCCAUUGGUCUGUCACCUUUCGGGCUGCUUUCCCCAGUGCUGAAGCCACUCAUUCAUCGGCUUUGCAAAAGACUGGAGCAUUCCACGAUAGGAAAAUGGAUUUCAUUAUUUUUUUUUUAGCCGGGACUGUUUUAUUUUUAUGAGUUUUUGUUUUUAGUUUCAUGAAAGAGCAGAUCCUGAACUGUUGUACAUAUUUCUAACUAGGCUGAUGCACAGUGCAAAUUCCUUUUUUUAAUUGUUUUUUUAAGUAGAAAAUACUAAAGAGUACCAUCUAAAUAUUCAUACCAGUAUCCAGUUGUAGCAUAAGGUGUCGAAAACAAGUACACAAACCAUUUGCUGUUUUAACAAGCUGUUUUCUUUUAACAAAAAUUCUUGUAUUUCUCCCUGUGUUUGAGAUGAACAUUUUUUA